UCACUUACAGAGGUUAUGUUAACGGAAUUAAAUAAACGAGUUAUACAAUAUGGAGUAUUUAUUAUAAGUUUAUUGGUGAUAAUAUCUGGAGGUUCAGUCCUUAUCUAUUUUGUUUUAACUAAUAAACAAGCGCCAAAGAACUUGGCAAUUUAUCUUUCGAACGACACUAGCACUCAACUAUCUCAGAUGCUUGUCAUGAUUUUUACCAGUUUGCUUGUGGAGAAUGGGAAAACCAAAAUCCUUUGAUUAGUCAAGACGCUAGUUUGAAUGCAUUUCUUAAAAUGGAAAUAAUGAUCGAUCAUUACUUCUGGAAAAUAAUUGCUGAUGAGUCCUACGACAUAGAAGAUUCACAUCUACAGAAUGCUCGAAAGUUUUACAAAUCUUGCGUAUUCACUCGUAACUGGAAAACAGCUCAAUUAGCUUAUCAAUCAUUAAUACGUGAUCUAUUUGGUGGAUGGGAACUAAUACCGUCAAUUUCAACAGACACUAAAAAAAUGAGUCUAACUGAUCUAUUUUUACCAAUAAUAAGUCAAACUGGUAGUUCACUUUUAUUUUCAAUAAAUAUCAAGCAGGAUUUAUUCGCCGUAAAUACUGAUAUGGAUAAAUUCGAAGAGGAUUACUACAAGCUUGCAUUUGGAAUAGGAGUAUCUCAUUUCGAGCAAUCACAGUUAACAAUUGCUUUUCAAAUGUUGGUCGAUUUAAGCAAUGAGAUAUCAAUGACACAAGGACUUCAUGUGAGCGAAUUCAAUGAAAUUAUUUCAAUGAAAGAACUGAAAUCCAUUUGUCCUCAGAUCGAUUGGAGUUAUUUAUUGAAAGAAUUACUGAAACAAACUGGAUAUACAAAAUCCAAGCAGCUAUCAAUCAUUGUAGAAGGACGAUAUCAGCUAAAACAUCGUUGUGAAUUAUAUGGUGAUGUAAUGAAAACAAAAAAUGAUAAAAGUGCAUUUCGUACAAUCAUUAUUAUGGAUUUUUUGAUUAAUCAAUUGUUGCAAUCCAUGAACCUCAGUCCCACUGGAACAGACAAUAAUUCGUAUUCAUGUGUACUGUUUGAUUCAGCUGGUACUAGUCUAACUGGUUUGACUGGUCUUAUGUUAUCUUCUGUGAUAGAAACUAAAACUUCAUGUAUUAUUGAUCAAUAUAGACUUUAUGAAUUUACCGAUUACAAAGCCCUUCAAACCGAUACACGAGAUGAAAUUUUAGCCGAUAUUGGAGGUUUAAAAGCGUCUUACUAUACGUACAGGCGUUUAUAUGAGAAGUAUUCGAAUAGUGUUAAUCAAAAUUAUAAUCUCUCUCUUAUAUCUGAUCAGUUGUUCUUUCUCUCAUUUGCACAAUCUCUUUGUGGACAUCAUAGUGGAACUUCUCUUUUAAUACAUUCAAUAGUUGUUCCACAUGUAAUAGAAAGAUACAGAGUAUUCGGGGCGUUGAUUAAUAGCAAAGAAUUCGCACAUGCAUAUGGAUGUCCAGUUGGUUCACCAAUGAAUCCUGAUACAAAAUGCGAUAUAUGGUGA